AUGUUCCGAUCUCUCCUUCUCAUCGCUGUCCUCGCCGUGUUUGCUCUUGCGGUUUUGUCAGAUUAUAUCCUAGUGAGCGCUGAAUCUGACGACCAUGCUACUCAAGGGAUCUCCAAACGUGCUUGUCCACCUUUCUUUGUUGACUUUGGGAAGGGUUUGUGUCUUCCUUUGGUACCAGAAACUUGUUUGGAAGACUUGAAACAACAGUCAAUAAACGUCAAGGUGGAAGUGAAAGAAAGAAUUGAUAAAAUACACCAGAAAUUUAGCAAGAAAAUGGACAAGAAAACGGAUGAAUUAAAUUAA